UGUGGAUGUGUUAUAUCGUUGCAAUCAAUACGUGCGUGUCGUGCAUACAUAUGAUUUGCACCGAUUCGCAACUUUAAACAUGAAUGAAAAUGCGCAGACUGCACAUAAAAUCGAAUGACACAUCAUUUGACAGGUAGACUCUUUGAAAAUUCGCGAUGCGGAUUUCAAACGCGCGAAACUGACAGGUACACACAGUUUGACAGGUCGACCCAUCGCGUCGAGAUGUCAUAUGGUGAUGGGAGACUAGAGAACGGGACAGAUGGAAAGGACGAGAACUUCGAGAGAAACAUUGCAGACUGUGCUGGUUGUUAACCUCCCCUUCUUGGAAAACACAUUUCGCGCUGGAAAAUAUAUUUAGCAGUCUCGAAAAGCUCACGCAAAGUAUAAUUUAUUUAUCAGUCGUGAGACGUUUUCUAUUUAUUGAUCUGUCAGAGAGACGAAUUAAUAGCCGUCAUGCAGCCGCAUCGAGGCAAGAAUGGAAGAUAAUUGUUUUGAAGAAAGCAAACCUAUUAGUUUUAAUUGCAUUUCAUGCAAUCUCUGCUCCUUUUUUAUUUCUGACAAAUUGGAGUGUUUAUCAGAGAGAGAAACGUCUACAUAUACUAUAAAUAAUAUUAUAUAGACAAAAUGAGUAGCCAAUUAAACAUAACAGUUAGACCCGAAGUAAGAUUGGAUGCCAAGUGGUUAAAAACUGAUCUACAACGGUUUCUUUAUCGCGAUGGAUUGGCUGAAUUGUGGAAUGAGAUGGUACGAGAUGGUGAAAUUGUUGGGUCUUUUAGCGAUGGGUUAAUCAAUUCUGCAGGAGUCGUAGCAAAAAAAGGUGAAAAUGGUCAUUAUUAUUGUGGUAUGAGAGUAUUAUCUUGUCUUUGCUGCGAUGGAAUUUGUGGUCCACAACAUGGGUGUAAUUGUACUCCGUGUCAGAAAUUGGAUGAUGAAGAAACUACAAGAACAGCAGCAAUGGUUGAAAGGGCUAUAUCUGCCCGGAGAAUAAUGGAUUCAUGGCUUUGGGCUCCGCAACCAUCAUUAACAGAUUUAAAAGGCUGCAUUAAUUUAUCUAUAAAGGAGCAACGCAAGUUAUGUUGCGAAGUUGCUAAUAGUACAUUAUCAGCGACGCGUUUGAGACAACGGCUAAUAGUUGCCAGAAGAUAUUUCACUGCUUUAUCUCGACAUAAGCCACAAGAAAUCAAGGAUACCUUGAAUUUACCAAAGUCUAUUGGAAAAUUACAAAAAACGCCAAGACCUAACGAAAAGGCAACCUUAGGAUUAGCGCGCGUUGGUUCACGUGCAGCCCUGAAUUUCUCGUUCGCGUACUUAAGACGAGCUUGGAGAUCCGGGGAAGAUAUCGAAUUUUGUAGCGAAUUGUUGACCGAAUCAUUAGAAGCGUUGCAAUCUUUACCCGAGGCGACUCUUUUCAAUGAAAAUAACGUUUCUCAAGUUUGGUUGGAAGUCGUAGAAAGAUCAGCCAAAUUUUUGAGACAAGUUGUCACGGGAGAGGUAACUACUGGACGAGCAUGGCGACCAGUGCCCCUAUCAGAUCAACAUACGGCUCUUUGCUUAUUAUUGGAGCUAGUCGUCCAAAGGGCCACUCUUUCUAGUUUAUUAGACUCUGUAGUUUUAUUGCUUCAUCUCAGUGGUAAACACAAGAAUCAAGACAAUCGAGUCACUCCACCUGGAAGCACGGCGCCGCUCGUCCCUCUGUUACGGCGAUUGAAUUACAUACCAGCGACAAAAUCUCGCAGACAUCUCGACGGAAACGUUACACCGGGACCAUGUGAAGUGUUACUUAAAUAUCUACGACUGCCGGACGAUGAUGCCGUGUCUGUCGAUUUGAGAAAAGCCGCGGUGAUCAUUAUGUGUAAUUUAAGCAGAAUGGCCUCUCCUCUCUUACCACCGGUUAAUGCCGAGUACGGAUUCCCAAGAAGCGGAAAUUGCAGACAAACGUUUCAGGAGGUGUUGGCUUGGGGUAGCGUGAAGUUCGGAAAUGGCUCCACUCCUUUUUAUUGCGACGCAAUCGCGGAAUUGGGCAUAAAACAGUUAUGCUGCACCGAGCGAGCGCUGAUGAUACUGUCAUUGAACGGCAAUGUUUACAAUAUGUAUCACGGAUCCGAGACUCAAUAUCCACAGAGAGUACAUGGUUUCUCCGAUAAACCGGUCACGAUGAUCGCGUCUCAUUCGGACGGCAAGCACUAUUUAGCAUUAACGCAGGACGGUUGCGUGUAUUCCUGGGGCAACGGAGACGGAGGUAGACUUGGACACGGCGAUACCGUCUCAUACGACGAGCCGAAAUUGAUCGAGGCGCUUUUAGAGAAGAACAUCGUGUUCAUAGCAUGUGGCAGCACAUAUUCGGCGGCAUUGAGCGCCAGCGGUGAAUUAUACACCUGGGGCAGAGGCAAUUAUGGAAGAUUGGGCCACGGCAAUUUCGACGACGUUAUGACCCCGACUCUAGUAACAACGUUGAAGGGUCAUACGGUUGUGCACGUGGCUUGCGGCAGCGGUGACUCUCAGACCUUAUGCGUCACCGCGUCCGGUAUAGUCUUCUCUUGGGGUGAUGGCGAUUACGGAAAGCUCGGUAGAGGAGGAACGGACGGAUCCAGGACGCCGAAGAUCGUCGAUAAGCUGUUGGAUAUCAACGUGGUGAAAGUGUUUUGCGGUGGACAAUUUUCAGCAGCGUUGACCGCCCACGGAGAAGUGUACACUUGGGGAAAAGGAGACACGUAUCGUUUGGGCCACGGCAGCGAGGAGCACGUGAGGUAUCCCAAAAUCAUCGAAUCGUUGAGAGACAAGAAGAUCAAGGACGUAUCUGUAGGCGCAACGCAUAUAUUAGUUCUAACGGAGGAUCAAUUCGUUUACGGAUGGGGUAGAAACGAUUACGGUCAGAUCGACCCCACGUUGGGCCCCGUUAUUUCCGAGCCUACGUUAUGCCCGACAUUAUCCUCGAAGACCGUCAUUGGUUUGGCAUCGGGUCCGACCCAGAGCUUCGCCUGGUGUAUGUCAGCGUGGUCGGGUGGAGCUAGCAGAGUGGCCUUUGUCGUCGAUAUAUGUGAGGAGACCUUCCAACUGCUCGACACGCUUUUAGGUAAAUCUUGCGAGGGUUUACCAGGAAUACGACCGCCUACGCAGGAUCGUGAGUGUCUGGCUGUGGCUACGCUGAAUUUACUCCGCUUACAAUUACAUACGAUGUUGACGCAUAAUAUCGACAGUAAAUCUGUUGGACUGGCUGCUAAUAGUCCUUUGUUAAAUUCCCUGAAGCAACGCUGUGUUAAUCUAGCGAGCGCGACCGGGAUAUUAGCGACGAUACAGGAAGCGGCGCAAGCGGUUCUACAAACAGGUUGGAGCAUUCUGCUGCCAACGGCUAACGAGCGAGCGAAGACGCUGUCCAGCUUUCUACCGAAUACAUCGAACAACGUGGAACAAUCAAGUUCGGCAAAUAUAUACAUAAACAGUGGACAGCGAUUUAUGGCCGAUUUGCUGGUAUCCAGCCUAAUGGUGGACGGUGGAUUGGAACUAGCAUUGAAAGCUGCGAUCAAAGCGGAAAUAGCGGACAUGCCGGACGAGAAAGACUUUCUCGAUAUAGGCACAUCAUCGAACGUCAUCAAAGUGAGAACCGAAACGAGACAGGGCAUGAAAGACGGCUUCAAUUCCGUAAAGAAUAUCACAACCAUCUCGUUACUUCAACUUAUUCAACAGUUGAUCAGAAAUGGCACAUGCAUUACGCAAUCCAGAUUACAACAAGGUUCGACACAGCAAACGGAUCGAAAUGAGCAUCUACGAAGAUUCGACAAUUCGCCCAGCUUGAAUCUUCUGCUACGUUUUCAACGGUUACUCAUCGCUCAAAUGUACGAGUGUAUCACGCGCAAAUCUCGCACGGAAGAUUUGCACGAUCAGGAGAUGAUGGGCACGGAGUCCCUGUUGAAGAAGUACAUCGCGCAAAUCUGCGAUCAUGCAACUGAAAUACUGCCAUUGGCGACCGAGAUCGGCGGCCGGUCUAUCAAAGAUUUUAUUUCCAUUGCUAGCGUCUUGAAAGCUGACAUAAUCAACGUACUACUUUCCGAGUUGGUGACAUGUCUGAUACUGUUGCAAGUGGACUGCCCUGUGCUGCUGAUCGAUAUGAAUUGGAUGGAAGUGAUCGCGCCGAUUUUAGACGCGCUGGAUCAUUUCGUCAAGCUGGCGCCGACGAUGGAGAAGAACGAGGCGGACGAUUUAUCCUGGCCGGGAAUCAUCGCACCGCAACACGGAAACAAGAUAUCUAUUCAGGAAGAACCCACGUUGAUUCGCUGGGCAGAUCUGGAGAACCAUAAUCGCGACGGUGGUCUCUGGGUGGUGGUGAACAAUAACGUCUAUGACGUUCAAGAUAUUAGAAACGAAGGUUCCUGGUCACCUUACGAAGUACUCCAGAGAUACGUUGCCGGACGAGACGAGACUUCGACGCAAUGUAGCGUACCUUACAGUCAGCUGUCUCCACCACGAGGCAUGAUGGAUUCCUGCUUCGUUGGUCAUUAUUGCCACUCGGAGCCUGACGAGAAUGCACGAGUCACGAUCGAAGUGACCGAUGUUUGCUCGUCCCUCUUGGACACGGAGAGAGCUUUAGGAUUUUUGCUGGGCCUACACGCUUACCGGAUGCGACAGAGCUUGACUCUUCAGUCAGCGGAGGAAGAAGCCGGCGUGUGGCUUACCGCGAAUUUCUUGCGCGGUGGCCUGCAAGUUCUGCAACCGCCAAAUCCAUAUGAAGAGGAGAAGGACGAGGCGAGAAGCAACACGUCGACUGCCGCGAAUUCGCCCACGGAACCGCCGCUUCCGGUGCAUGCGAAGAACGAGCAGCAGAAGGAGAAUGACGAUCGAACGAUCGCGUUUAUACACGCACUAGCGGAGGCGCAUAAAACCGACGACAGCCACGUUCGGGCAUUCUUAGCGAUAAUCGACAGGUACUCCAAGGCUAAUAAUCUGUUUUCUCACGCUGAGUUUUGCGGUGACCAUCCCGUAGAAGAGAUUAGUCGCGUCCUCAUGGCUGUGAUUGUCAAGCACCUCGGCUUGGGACAGCAAGCGCUUUUAUUGGCAGAGCAGGAAUUGAAAACCCCUAAUAGCGCGAAACUGAGCAAUCAAUUGGCCGACAUGGCUCGGGCGAUUUAUCAGACCAAGUGGAACUUGAUACGGAUUAGACAGCAGCAGAACAGAAGUUACAAGGAGGUCUGCGCGCCUGCGCAAGAAAGAUGUAGGUUUCUCUUAUACGAAGUUCGACCCGCGACGAGUUACGAAGUUAAAGGACUGGAGGAUUUGAAACUGCUGCAUACCGUCCCUAGGUUUAAGAGGGCCGUUCAUACGAUUAUAACGGAUAUUCGUAGAAACAAGGAUUCGUCUGGCGGAGCCGGUGGGAAGCCGGAGGACAUAUUAAACGCGUCCAUACAAAAUGCUAAAACGAAGAACAAAUCGACGGAUGGGGAUACGAUGUCUUCUUCCAAGGAAGGUUCGAUCAUCGUGGCUUCUUCUUCUACAAAAUUGGAGGAUAUAUCGGACAUCAAGAACAAAAUUAUGCAAAUGACAGAAAAAAUUCGACACGGACCGAUACGGUGGGCUACCGCUGAUUCUAAUGGCUUGAUGACGAGUAUCAUCGAGUUCGUCAUCAACGACGGCAUCGGUGGAGACGUCGAGAUCUUGCGUCGUGCUAUGUACUGUCAAAUGCAACGUGCUCGAAUGCGAGAGGAAGGUAUCUCGAUGAUGCGAGAGCUGUUGAAGAGGGAUUAUUUGAUACCAUCGGUGAAAUAUUCUUUGCUCAACGGCUGGCUCGGGUUAACGUAUGAAAACAAGUCUCUUAGCGACGGAAUCGCACAUUGUUUGUACGAUAUACAGCUGACUACUCCCUAUCAAAAAUCCAAGGUUAUUCUGGCUGAAGCGGAGGUCAUUUCAUGGGCAGUACAAGCUUUGCGAACUUAUGUCAUACAGGCGGAGCUGCCGAACAAGCAGAAAGUCAGCGGGAAGAGUAGCUUGAAUCAAGGUACUUAUACAUGGUUGCGAAAAUUACCAAGAGCGAGAUUCCUACUGACCAUCCUUGGUAUGUUGACCAAUUAUCAAUGUGCCAACGAAAUCGGCUUGUUGGUUAAUUCAGGCCUGUUAUCAAGUAUCUUGACUUUGUUAAGACAAAUUGGACCAUCCUCAGCAACUUUCUGCGAAGGCGGCGAAGGUCAAGGACAGCAGGGCGGAGACGGUGCCGAGGCACCGAAAGUCAAGCCUGAAAUUUCAGCGAUUUACGAAGACACCCUUCAGAAGAACAAACCGCCGACCGUACAGCUCAGCGGAAUGGAGUUGGCAGCGCUGAUGAAGGUGGGCACUAGAGUUGUACGAGGUGCCGAUUGGAAAUGGGGCGAUCAGGAUGGUCCACCACCUGGAGUAGGUAGAGUGAUCAGCGAACUCGGCGGCGACGGAUGGAUCAGAGUUCAGUGGGACAACGGCGCGACGAAUUCGUAUCGCAUGGGUAAGGAAGGUAAAUACGACCUGAAAUUAGCGGAUCCGCCGACCCCACCUGAUGACGACAGCGACGAAAGUGACAGCGACGCUUCGCUUGACGCGAAUAAAACGGAGAACACCGUGGGCUUUCGCGCGGAAGAGCUACAUCCAACCACUUGCCUCAAAUCAGCGUCGACGACCUUGCUACGAAUAAUUUUGCUUUCAUGCGGCGUGGAGGCGGACAAAAUUCCCGUUACAUCCAUCAAGAUUCUCACGUCCACUCUGCAUGGUAUAAUAUCGACUGCAAACAGAUCCAGCGAGUCAGCCACGCAUGUUCAGCUAGCGAGACAGCAUCACGAGACUUGGGCUACUUUUAGUCUUUUGAGGGCGAUUGCUAAGUCAACGAGAUUAUGCAGGUCUCUGAGCUCGCAGACCUGGCUUGACCUUUUAUUAAGUAUCAUCAUCGAUGAGACCAAACCCUGUCUGGAAAAACAAAUUAUGAUCACCAAGUUAUUAGCUGCCGUUCUACCCUCGUGGGGAGUGGAAACAGUCUCGAGCGACAUGACACAAUUCUUGGAAAAGUCCUUCGAGAUCUUAGGUCAAGUUGCGCUCACAUGUGACAUCACUUCCGGUACUGAGCUUCAUUCGAACAAGUGUCGUAUGUCUUUAACCGCGUCGUACAGUUCUACAGUAGCCGAAGAAUUAAUAUGGUUAAUUAGGUACUUGCAUUCUCUCCCGGGUUGGAACGAAGCCAUAAACAGAUUUCUUUCUGCUAAAUUGGCUUUGACAGUAGAUCUCUGGAAUGAUAGUCCGUUGUUUCACAUACAAAUGAACGAGAACGGUGGCGAAAAUGGUCUGUGUAUUCAACGUACAAUCAUGGCUACUCUCAUUGUCAUCGGUGGUUUGGAUAACAGAAUAAGAAUCGGCGGUUUGGUGAAUUCCGACGGUGAGAUGGGCACGGUCUGCAAGUUUACGAAGCACUCCAAGAUCGUCAUGCAGUUGUGGAACGGCAACGGGACGCGGAAGAUAGUUCCGUUUCACGCAGUGAAGCGAAUCAAUGAUAAAUUUCAAUUGGACAAAAUGCCUUUAACGGAGGCGCUUAUAUCUAUCUGGGCCAAUUUAUUUUCAGGCGCUACUUGCGGAAUGGAUAAACGACCCGGCGGUAUGCCAGUCAUCGCUGGCGUUGUCAAUUCCUCGAUAUUGCGAAGCCAGCAGCAACAACUCGCGGCCUUGAACGCUAGUAAAGCAAUGCUUGCUUAUCAGUCGAAAUUGCGGAAGAUCUUGAAGUAUCAAUGGACCAGUGACAUCAAUGACGACGAAAGACGUACUUCCAUGCUCUUGCAGGAGAUGUUGCUGCGCGCUACGAAGCCGCAACCACUGAAACCGGUGUUUAAACGUAAAGAGCUAGAAGAGGCCGCUCUGGCAGUCUCGCAGUAUUUGGUCUCUGAACUAAGACACACGCCUAUUCAGCGAACCGGCAUGACUUCGGAUCCUACUACUCCUACAUCCGACUGCUCAUUGGUCUCCUUAACGUCGAGCCAGAAGAGACACUGUAAAAGCAACGCAAUGGCAAGAAGAAGUUCCGUAGCGGCACCUGCGUCCCCUCUGGUAGCUCAGUUAGUGGAAAUGGGUUUUCCCAGGAAAAGCGUCGAAUUGGCUAUCAAAAGUAUGAGCGUCGCCGAGCAAGGCAGCGUGACGGCGGAAAACGUGGUGGGCUGGCUGUUGGAAAAUCCAGACGCCGCUCUCAGUGAUUCGGAAACUUUAUCCAGCCUGGAUGGAUUGACUGACGGUAGCGACGAUUCGAUCAGCGAGGACCUGGAUGAUUCUCCGUCGGGACAAGAGGGUGGUGCUGCGGGUGGUACACCAUCGACAUUCAUGAAACGUUCGGACUUUCUGUCGGUUGACGAAUACGCUAUAUACGUACGCGACAAUGUCGUUCCAGGUAUGUUAGUACGCUGCUGCAAGAGCUACGAGGAAGUAGAAUAUGGCGAUGUCGGCCAAGUGAUGAAGAUCGAUGCGGAAAACUUACACGAUCUGAAUGCGCAAGUUGCGUGGCAACGCAAAGGUGGAAUGUACUGGGUGCGUUUUAUUCAUAUAGAACUGCUCGGCUAUCCACCAUCUUUACCAGGUCCACCGCCUGCGUUGAAGGUCGGCGAUAAAGUUCGAGUCAAGGCAUCGGUUACAGAACCAAAGUAUAACUGGGGAUCUGUAAAUCAUCAUUGUGUCGGAGUGGUCACAGCGAUAACUAAUAACGGCAAGAACGUAUCCGUGGAUUUUCCGCAGCAACAUGGUUGGACCGGUUGCGUUUCCGAGAUGGAGAAGGUACCAUCUUGUCAUCAUUCCGUGAUAUGUAAUUCGUGCUGCUUGUCGCCGAUUUCUGGUCCCAGAUUCAAGUGCAAGUAUUGUGAUAAUUAUAAUUUAUGCGAGAAUUGUUUCUACACCAAGAGAUCACACCGACACGGUUUCAAUAGGAUUGCGGAACCAGGUUCGGCGGCUGUUUAUGCAGGAAAACCUGGCAGAUACCAUAGACAAGAUCUAUCCGAAUCAUAUCUGAUCGACGAUUGGUCCAAAUGCAUCAGAACCUUGAGCGUAUCUUCGCGAGAGAACUGGGCAACACGUCUAGUAGAUGGAUCUGGAAAAUAUUGGCAAAGUUGCGGGUCGCAAGGAAAGCACUGGAUUCGUCUCGAGAUGCUGUCCGGAAUUCUGAUACACUCGUUGAAGAUCAUCGUCAAUCCACAAGAUAGUAGCUACAUGCCUUCGGUAAUAACGGUUAACGUCGGAGACUCUUUCACCAAUUUAGUGGAAUUAAGAACGAUAACCAUACGUUAUUCGGAUACUAGCGUUACGCUUCUUCAAGAUCUGAAGGAAUAUUAUCCCUGUGUAGAGAUAGCGAUUAAGCAAUGUAGAAAUGGCGGCAUAGAUUGCAAGAUACACGGUUUACGCGUAAUUGGUCGCCAGAAUAUGUUUGAAAAUCAGCUGACAACUUCGGUCUCUUUCCUCGCAUCCGAUUGGGAAGUCUUGCAAGAGCAAGUGGCGGUGCAACGGAGCAUCGAUGCAACGCCUCCUCAACAAUCAGCCGUCUAUGUUUGGGGCUUGAACGACAAAGAUCAAUUAGGAGGUCUGAAGGGAUCUAAGAUCAAACUACCGAUUUACAGCGAAGUCCUAUCAAAAUUAAAACCUAUCCAUAUAGCCGGAGGAAGCAAAACUCUCUUUAUCGUCAGUCAAGAAGGCAAACUGUACGCUUGCGGAGAAGGAACGAACGGCAGAUUGGGUUUAGGAGACGACAAUAAUGUGUGCGAACCAAAGCCCAUACCUUUCUUAAGUCAAUUCGUCAUUAAAAAGGUGGCGGUGCAUUCAGGAGGAAAACACGCCCUGGCACUUACUCAAGAUGGCAAAGUAUUCUCGUGGGGCGAAGGCGAGGAUGGCAAACUGGGACACGGAAAUAGCAUGUCGCUAGAUAAACCUAAGCUCAUCGAGACGUUAAAAUCGAAGAGGAUUCGCGACAUCGCUUGCGGAUCAGGACAUUCAGCGGCAAUCGCGAGCAACGGCGAACUGUACACCUGGGGUCUAGGCGAAUAUGGUAGAUUAGGUCAUGGAGAUACCCUGACGCAAACAAGACCGAAGCUGGUGCAAACCUUGGUCGGACAUCGAGUAGUCCAAGUGGCCUGCGGUAGCAGGGACGCACAAACGAUGGCCUUGACUACUGACGGCUGCGUGUAUUCCUGGGGCGACGGUGACUUUGGCAAACUCGGUCGUGGUGGAAGCGAUGGCUGUUAUACACCCUUAGUGGUAGAUCGAUUAAACGGUUUAGGUGUUGUACAGGUGGAGUGUGGCGCGCAAUUUUCCCUCGCCUUGACGAAAUACGGUGAGGUGUGGACGUGGGGGAAGGGAGAUUAUUUUCGUUUAGGUCAUGGUAACGAUCAUCAUGUUCGCAAGCCCACGUUGGUCGAAGGUCUUCGAGGCAAGAAGAUUGUUCAUGUCGCCGUAGGUGCGUUGCACUGUCUUGCGGUGACCGACUCGGGCCAGGUGUACGCCUGGGGCGAUAAUGAUCACGGACAACAAGGUAAUGGUACAACGAGCGUCAACCGAAAACCAUCAUUGGUACACGAGCUGGAGGAUGCAAGAGUGAACAGGGUAUCCUGUGGUUCUAGUCAUAGCAUAGCCUGGGUAUUAGUCGAUCAGCCAAGUAGCGGAAAUCAAGAACCGGUAACGUUUCCAACAGCGAGAGAUCCGCUAGGCCAAAUGUGUCUAGGUCUGAUUAACGCACCUGAGCAAAACGGCGUAAUCUCCACGACGAGUAACGUCAUCGCCACCAGAUCAUCCCUCGCCAGUAUAAUACUUUCGCUAGAGAGCAACGUUGCCAAGCAGCAAGCCUUACAACAUGUUAUUAACGCUCUUCUAAUUAUGCAGGCACGGGCAGCGAUAGUAACCGCUUUGCAGAGCCAUUCAACGCUAAACGGCUGCGCGUCGGCGAAGCACGCACCGAUGGCGCCAGUAAUGGAUGUGAUUCCACCAUCCGAGGUAACGAUGACAUCGAGUACCGAGCACACAGUUUAUCAGAAUGUCGGUGACAUUGCGCAAGGCGGAGGUGAAGCUCCAGCAAACGUCGCCGAAGCGGUCAACGUCGUGACGACUAGUCCCAAAAUGACUCCCGAGUCGGAGGAUUAUCCAUUAGCCUUGUUAGCCAUGUCUAUGUCUAGUUCUGCUAGUUUAUCUUCGCGCGCUUCAAGGAUGUCCACAAGCGCGAUGAGUGUUAUAGCCGCCACUUUAACAUCCAAUGCACAAGUAGUGGGCGAGGAUGGCGUUACGGCCUCCGGCUUGGACGAGUUUACGUCGGCUUUGACGGAAGAUGACGCCAGAGUUCUGGUGGAUCUGUUGAAGCUAGCGGUAGCCAACAGAGUUUACUCAUCAGCCAAAGAAACAAUAUCGUUGGUAUUAAUCGCCCUAGGUAAGAUCAAUAGUUCGGUCGGCAGUAUGUUGCUGGAACUAUGCGUAACGGAACUGGAGGACACUGCGGCGAAUAGCAACUGUGUUAACAACACGCCGCAACCCGUGGUGCAGGAGACACCGCAUCCUUAUAUAGACGACACCACGUUGACGGGUCAUGUGAAAAUAUCUGGCGCGGAGGCUCUUCGAGUAGAAUUCGAUCGACAGUGCUCCACGGAGAAGCGACACGACCCGCUCACAAUAAUGGACGGAAGUGGUAGAGUGGUGGCAGUCAGAUCCGGUAGAGAAUGGACUGAGUGGGGUCCAGAGAUUAAGAUCCAAGGGGACGAGCUGAAAUGGCGAUUCUGCUCGGACGGAUCCGUCAAUGGCUGGGGCUGGAAAUUUACGGUGUAUCCCAUUCAAGCGAAAACCGCGCCGUACGAGCUCGGAUCCGACCGAGCCGUGCUGUCGCAGCCAACUAUAGCCUUGGCCGAACAUUUACUCAUGGACAAUAGUCUGAUAAAUUCUGACAGAAACGUUGCCUCUCGUCUGGCCACCGCCUUGGGUCAAUGCAGUCAACUGAGCACUCUGUCCGCGCAGCAGAGGAUGUGGGCGUUGAGGAAAUUACAGGUAGUUUAUACAAACGGACCCGGUAUCAGACCUGAAGUCGCGCUCUCAUCUCUUCUUGGUUCCCUGCCACAAGCUCUCUUACGGCAGUACGCGUACGAAGAUCCUCUGGUCAGAGGUGGCAAGCAGCUGAUGCACAGCGACUUCUUCAAGGUUCUCGUGGCGCUCGCGUGCGACCUCGAGUUGGACGGGAUGCAGUUCUGUUCCGAGGUGCAUAAGUGGUCCUGGUUCCGCAGGUAUUGCCUUGCUGCGCGCGUGGCAAAAUCACUGGUCGAUCGCAUCCCUUUACCGAAAGCGUUUUGCCACGAGGUCACGAAGCAGCUGAACGAAAUGGCGAUGGACGGAGACACCGAGCACACGAAGGAUCACGAAAAUCACGUUAUAUUCAAACAGGGACACGACGAGCAGCUGCUACAAUGGCUGAAUCGUAGACCGGAGGACUGGACGCUUUCAUGGGACGGUUCCGGGGCGAUUUACGGAUGGGGUCACAAUCACAGAGGUCAGCUGGGUGGCCUGGAAGGUCCGAAGGUUAAACUACCUGCACCCUGCGAAAGUCUGUCCGCACUCAGACCGAUACAGCUGGCUGGUGGCGAACAAACUCUGUUUGCUGUAACUGCCGAUGGAAAGGUUUAUUCGACAGGUUACGGAGCUGCGGGACGCCUUGGAAUAGGAGGAACGGAUUCCGUUAUGAUCCCGACGCUAUUGGAAUCGAUACAGCACGUGUUCAUUAAAAAAGUGGCCGUCAGCUCGGGAGGAAAACAUUGCCUCGCUCUAAGUUCGGAAGGUCAUGUGUAUUCCUGGGGCGAGGGCGACGACGGCAAGCUGGGACACGGUAACAAGAUGUCCUACGACCGGCCAAAAUUGAUUGAGGAUCUACUCGGCGUGGAAAUUUUAGAUAUAGCUUGUGGUGGUCAUCAUAGCGCCGCUAUCACGAGCGCUGGUUGGCUGUACACCUGGGGAAAAGGGCGAUACGGACGUCUCGGGCACGGAGACAGCGACGAUCAAUUACGACCGAAGGUGGUCGAAGCUUUACAAGACUACAAAGUGAUCGACGUAGCUUGCGGAAGUGGUGAUGCGCAAACGCUCUGUGUAACUGACGACGAUAACGUGUGGAGUUGGGGCGACGGAGAUUACGGGAAGUUAGGUAGAGGCGGCAGCGAUGGUUGCAAAGUUCCAUUGAAGAUAGAUUCCUUAGCCGGACUUGGCGUAAUUAAAGUCGAAUGCGGUAGUCAAUUUUCAGUCGCCUUGACGAGAUCUGGAGCAGUUUAUACCUGGGGUAAAGGUGACUAUCACCGUUUAGGACACGGCACGGACGAUCAUGUACGUAGACCGCGCAAAGUAGCCGCGUUGCAGGGGAAGAAGAUCAUUUCGAUAGCCACGGGCUCGUUGCACUGCGUCGCGUGCUCGGACAAGGGAGAAGUCUUCACCUGGGGCGACAAUGACGAGGGUCAGCUCGGCGACGGUACCACGAGCGCGCUCCACCGGCCGAGAUUGGUGCACGCGUUGCAAGGCAAGAAGAUCACGAGAGUCGCUUGCGGUAGCGCGCAUACUUUAGCCUGGAGCACUGCGAAAGCCACGCAGAGCAGGAUGCCAGCGUCCACGCCCAUGGAAUACGACCUGGUCAAAGACCUGUCGUACUCCGUACUGCGCAAUAGAUUAGUAUUACUGCACCAUUUCGCGGAACUCUUGUGCCCUGCUUUGGCUAUGUUUCCGAUCACCGGUCAUAUCGGACUGAGCAAAUUGGCUCCUAUGCUAGUGUACAGUAUAAAGGAAGCUACAUUCCGCAAAGUCAUUCAAGCCACGAUGGUGAGAGAUCGUCAGCACGGGCCUGUGAUCGAAUUGAACAGGAUACAAGUGAAGAGGGCCAGAGCUAAAGGCGGUUUGGCUGGACCGGAUGGUAUCAAGUCUGUUUUCGGUCAAAUGGUGUCGAAGAUGUCUCUUUUGACGCAGGAUGUAUUGUUUUUACCUCACAGAGUUUGGAAAGUAAAGUUUGUCGGAGAAAGCGUCGACGAUUGCGGAGGUGGCUAUAGUGAGAGCAUAGCAGAGAUGUGCGACGAAUUGCAAAACGGUUCCUUGCCACUAUUUAUACCAACACCAAACGGUCGCGAGGACAACGGCACGAACCGAGACUGUUUCUUACUGAACCCUAUGGCGGACUCCCAAUUGCACAUGAACAUGUUUCAAUUCUUAGGCAUCCUGAUGGGCAUUGCUAUACGAACGGGUAGUCCGCUGAGUUUAAAUCUAGCCGAGCCAGUUUGGAAGCAACUUGCUGGUAUACCUCUGACGCCCGCAGAUUUGACGGAAGUUGAUAGGGAUUACGUUCCUGGCUUACUUUGUAUAAGGGACAUGGAUCCCGAUGAAAAAGUCUUUCAGAGUUUAGAAAUGCCAUUUUCUACUCCCUCCGCUGCAGGACACGAUGUGGCACUAUCUAACAGAUAUCUUAAAAUAACACCAGAAAAUAGGCAUGAGUAUGUGAGAUUGGCACUAGAUUAUAGGCUACACGAAUUUGAUGCUCAAGUAGCAGCUGUGCGAGAAGGAUUGUCGAAAGUCGUUCCUGUGCCCCUAUUGGCACUAUUUAGCGGUUCUGAACUUGAAACGAUGGUUUGUGGCAGUCCAGACAUACCACUGAAUCUAUUAAAAUCUGUUGCAACAUAUAAAGGUAUUGAAGCAACUGCACCGCUUGUUCAAUGGUUUUGGGAAGUUAUGGACGAAUUCUCCAAUCAAGAACGAUCGCUUUUCCUUCGUUUUGUUUGGGGCAGGACACGUUUACCGCGCACAAUUGCAGAUUUUAGAGGCAGAGACUUUGUUUUACAAGUAAUGGACAAGUACAACCCACCGGACCAGUUUCUUCCUGAAAGUUAUACCUGCUUUUUCCUUUUGAAAAUGCCAAGAUAUUCGUGCAAAAUAGUUCUACGACAAAAACUGAAAUAUGCAAUUCAUUUUUGCAAAAGCAUCGACACCGACGAAUACGCUCGAGUGCAAGCUGCAACUAAUUCAGACACUGAAGAUACAGAUAGUUUAGCGAGCGAAGAGCACACUUCGCUAUAAGUCAUUCGCUAAAUAAAAGUGUUAUUUGUGUUUGAAAUGGCAUUUUGUUGACUUCUUUACAGAUGUGUUCACGGAUCAUCCAAAAAAAAUCCUAUUUUUCUUACACGACAUCACACUGUACUUAAUAUAUGUAUCGCUUUUGUAGAAUAUCUAGUUUAAUGUAUAGUAGACGAUAACAGAACGAUAAAUAAAUCACUAAGAAUAAGUUUA